CUUUCUGCAAUGUAUCGUCAAGCCGCAAGGCGACUUCUUUGUCAAUCCUCGGCUUUAUUAAGACAACAACGACCUACACAAUGUUUCUCAUCGACUCCACACCGUUUCAGCAGCGAACCGACUAAAAUUCACAACAUCCUCGGUGACGGACCUGCUCCUCCCGUCCAAGUGCGCGGGAUGACAGCAGCCGGGAUCGAGCUCGCAGAUGGACUUAUUCUUCCUUCUUCGUGUAUAUUUUUGGAUGGAAAUGUCUUUUUGUGGAAUGUUCCGAGUACGUUGUGGAAUGGUUGGUCGAAAGAGCAGUUUGAGAUGUUUGAGGUUGUCGUGCCCAAGCCUGAGAUAUUAAUACUUGGAACGGGUAAGGGUGUAUCGCAUCCACCUCCUUCGAUCAGGAUGUACCUGAAUAGCAUCGGGAUACAGCUGGACGUAAUGGAUACGUGGAAUGCAUGUACGACAUAUAACCUGCUAGCGGAGGAAGGCAGACACGUAGCUGCUGCAUUAUUACCAGCUACGCUUCGAGCAUGGAAAAAGCAGUUAUAGGUAUUAAUAGCUUAAGGCAGCUGAUUUACCGUCUCAUUGUCAUAAAUUAUUUAAAUCCCCAUGCAUUGUACCAUUACAAGUAAUA